AUGCCCACGCAGGAUCCCGUUCUACCAUCCUCGACUGAGAAGGACGCUGUUAUUGACCGAGUGGAACCAUUGCAUGAAACACAGGAUGGAGCCAAUGACCCAAUUCAAUCCCCCAAGAGUGUUCCUAAAGGAACUAAGUCUGUGGCCUCAGGUUCUGACGCUGAGCUUGAGAACGCGCUCAACAAGUUCUUCGGUGGUCCUCCCUUUUCCUUGGUUACUCCUGCUUUCAUUGAAGCACAUACAAAACCUGUGCGGGACAAGAGACCUGUAGUACAGGGACAACAGGACGCUGCAGGAACUAUGGGGAAACAAGAUGUUGGCCCUGUCAAUUCUGACCUAAAAUCAGACAUAGAAUCGCUCACCAACCUCGUCCCCGGCCCAAUGAAACCAGCCCUAACCCCGACUACAUCAAAUCUCUCAUCUCAACCUGACAGAGGCAUCAAGAUCUCAGAUGAGAGUAAGGGAAAGGUCAAAUACGAUAGCGAGGAAGAUAUCAAGGGGGCCUCCCACAGGGCCCAAGAGUUCCAAGCUGAAACAUCCCGCUCUCGUCCCAAUACCAGACAGCCUGAUUCCCAGCCCCGUCACAAUCUGGGUUUUUCCGGUUGGGGUCCCAUGAUAGUCGCAGACAACACAAGUAUGUCUGCCCAUGAUCCAAUCAAACCUGGCACCUCAGCCCACAAUGACGAUGGCAGUGUGGGAAGCUCAAAUGUUAAAUCCGAAGUCCCAGCUACUCCGACCUGCCGCGAGUACAUUUUCAUUCCCUGGGUUCCUUCUCCUAAGAAGGGGAGCGGCGAGGGUACCAAGACCAAGAAUAAGGGAAAGAAGAAAGAUACAGGUCCUUCCGGUGCGGAAUAA